AAAACGACGGGAGUUUGCAAAGUGCGGAAGGCGCGUCAAAUAAACAGGGUGGUGAUUUUGAAUUUGAAUUAUUUUGCUGUAUUUCUAGUGAAACUUUUGUUUUCCUGCAUGGCUCAGCAGGACGACUCCUGGUCCAGCUGUAAGCGGCCUGCUGAGGUCGUUCGGCUGAGGAGAAAAAGAGCCCGUAGUGUCGCUGAGAGUCCCGGACCGAGCGGCUCUUCUCCGGCUUCUGGCCUCUCCUCAGCAACUCCCAGCCUCCACAGCCAGUCCACAAGCAGAGGGAAACGCAGGAAUCCUUUUUUGACUUGGGAUAACACUGUCAGUCGUCCGAAGAAAGUUUUAGUCGAAGAUUGUGAAAAUGUGUGUACUUUUAUAAAACUAAUGUCCGCUGAGAAGACAUCAGGGGACCGCAGAAGUGGUCCACCAGGAGACAGCUCUGCGGAGAAGUCUCUGUCUGAAGACAACCCUCUGUUGGAAACAGAGGAGCAACAUACUGACAAUCUGCUGUUCAAGAACCCACUGACCAUUACACCGGUCUCCAUAGCUCCUGUUAGCUGUGCAGAGUAUCCAGCUGACUGGAGCUUGAAAACUCGGGUCAUCUUCACCUCUCCAGCCUCCUUGUCGUGGACAGGGCAACUGAAAGCUCAGGAAGAAGCUCUGGGGCUCAGCAACAGCUGCAGAGCUAAGUUUACUAUACUCCCGCACAAUCUGCAGGAGCCCAGGUCCUGGUCCGACGUCCGGUCUGCCUUCCAGCAGAGCUUGGUGUACUGGCAGCACCCUUCUCUGCCCUGGCUCUCUUUGUUCCCCAGGAUCAAUGCUGAAAAGAACUUCUCUGGGAAGAACAUGCCCUGGACUCAGGAUGAAGCAGUACACGAGAGUCUUGUGAAGGAAUGGUCUGUCAGUUUGUCAUCUCUCUACAGCCUUUUAAAGGUGGGGCUGUGCCCAUACUUCUAUGUCUGCUCCUAUCAGUUCACAGUGUUGUUCAAGGCAGCAGGCCUUGCAGGGUCAGACUGCAUAACUGCCUUAAUUUCUCCUACGACUCGAGGUCUCAGAGAAGCAAUGAAGGCUGAAGGUGUGGAGUUCAGUCUUCCCCUGCUGAAGGAAAGGAGGCGGAUUAGUGAGCAACAUAAAAGUAUUCAAAAGGGAGAAGAGGAAACGGAAAACGAGAACAAAGAUUUCUUGCAGGUGGAUGAGGACUAUCAGAAUUGGGAUGAAGAAGAUGAUGGAUACAGCCAAGGUGAAGAUGACAGCUUGUCUUGGCUAAAGGAGAUAGGAAUCCAGGACAAACUCAGGCAGCCUGAAUGCAUUAACAUACAGCUACAAAAAGAAGCUCCGACUCUGUCUCUAGACCAUAAACCUGAGUCGGCUGUAUGUGUGGAGGGAUCCAACUCUUUCAAUCUCAUCAACUUCCUAAUCAACUGGAAAAGUGUGGUGGCUGCAGCUGGUUCUCAGACCGGUCUGCCACCAACCUUGCUGGCCCCCACUGCCUUCAGAGGGGCUACCAUGAAUGUGCUGAAGGGCCGCAGCGUUAAUGUCAAGAACUUGGUCGAUUGUACCUACCAGAACAUUAGCAGUCUGGAGCUCACAGGACCCAUCCUUCCUUCAUCUCUUCAUGCCAUCACAACUCUUCUUCAGACUGCACAAAAAGGCAACUUCUCUGCUGCUCUUUAUACUCAUACACCCACUGCUGUCAUGAACAUAGAAACCUACAGGAAACGGUGUGGCAAGGCAGUGGGAGACCUGACUCACUGUGGUCUUCCUCCUGCUUCAAUUAAUCAUCUCCAGCAGCCAUCCACUCUUGGGAAAGCUACCCUGACACACAUUACAAUGAAUAACUACAACUACACCUGGAAGAUUGGAUAAAACAAGAGACGGUGCAUAUCUGAAACCAUCACACCUCAAGCAAAGAGACAACAGCCAAUGGAAUUUCUUCAAUGCUUUAGAUUUUGUUGGUCUUUCAUCAAGCAUAGGUGUAUUUUUUGUAAAUUGUUUUUAAAAAAUAGUUCAUAAUAAAUCCUAUUUAUGCAAGUAAUUUUUCUACAAUUUUUGGUUUUCAACAAGGUAAUUUUAUUGGAGAAAAAGUGUUUGACCACUUCCUGAUUUCCUUUUUUUUCAUGUUAGUGUUCCACUAACAUCAAACCAAUUUAAAUUGGUUUGAUGUUAUUCUCUCUAAAGGAGAAUAACGUCCCAACUUACAUUACCCAAUGUGAAAAGGUGAUUGCUGCCAUACCCUGAAAACUGGUAAGAGUUCAAAGAGUUCAACUUUAUUCAGUCCACUUUUGUUUUCCCAUAAGUCUUAAGGGUCAUCAAGAUGUGCUUUGGAAAAAUUGAGACAACCCUUAAAUGUUCUUUUUGCUUGUCUUAGAACAAGUGUAACCCAGAAGAGAAAACGUCCCCUUUUCUCUCCUAUUCAUAUGAAUAGAUUUACGUUAUUAUUUUGAAAAGAAGUGUGAUCCUCUUUUAGCUUUAUUUCCUGUUUCAAAAGGAAGCAUGAUACUGUCUUCUUAACUUGGAAUGCACGGUCAGCUUCACUUUGAAGAUGUAAGGAGGCUGUAGACAAGCUGUGCUGAACUUUAUGGUUAUCAUUAAAAAUUAACAGCAUUUCCAGAAGUUAAUUUUUAAUAUCUACUAUGCUAAGUUGAUGGGAGCGUGAACUAGCGAAACGGUGUUGCUGUAUCCAUUGAUAAGGUCUUGGUGAGUUAGCAUUGUGCUAAUGCUGAAUUGCUAUUGGUUUUGUUUCCAUUGAAAAACAUUCUUUAACAAAAAUAUUAUUUUUGUUAAAAUAUGAUUUUACCCAGUCAGAUUUAAGUUCACAAUAUUAUAUGGAAUCAUUCUAAGUUUUUUUGCACUAUUUUUUCAGUACAAUGUACUGUUUAUUGAUCUUAAAUAGGUUUUCUUUGUGAUUUAACAGGAGAAGGUUUAGUAGAAUGAUUCAUUAAUUUUAUUUCAUGCCAUAAUUUACAAAACCUGAAAAAAUGAUUUAAAUCAAUUAUUGAAUUGGCUAAAGGAACACUAAUCCGAUUUAUAUGGUUAAAUAAAUUCAUUUAUUUGUUUACAUGGUUAAAAAUAAAAUAUUACAAAAGAUAUUGAGUUAAAAACAAGAACAUGCAUGUAAAAUAUUACUGUGGUAAUAUGGGAACUAAAGCUAUAAGAAUAGAUGAAAAAAAAGAUUUUAUUGUCUGUAUACAAUAAUGCCAUUGUGUGUAGGCAAGGUUUUUUUUUUUUUUCUUUUAAAACAAACAGCUGUUCUAACUAUCUGCUACCCAUCAAUGCGUCCUACCUUGUGGCAAUGCCUAUGCGCAAGUCGGUGUCACAUACUGCUUACUCAACAGAUUUAUUCAUACAUCCUAUCUGUGGAGGUUUUCUUUUCUCUGUUUUAUUCCAUUGAAGAUUAAGGUAAGCUUUAUCUAAUUUAUUUUGUACCUGUCUUUAGUAAGCUGUUGUAUUAUGCAUUUUUAAGGCAGCUUGUAAACAUAUUUGUAAAUGAUUAGUUUGCUGUCUGCAAUGUCCUUACUGUACUGCAUACUGUAAACAAGAAAGUCAUUGCUUGGCGUCAACCACGUGAAUCAGGACAAAGUACGUUGUUUUGUGGGCUAUGUUGUCCCUAUACUUUAAAAAAUUUUAAUUACUUUUUUUUAUUUUUUAUUAAAGAUGUAUAUUAAGAUACCCUAUCAUUUCAGGUGCACAGUGGCCUGUGACGUUUGGUGGACACAAUUUGACUGCUUCAUUUGAUAGACUGUCAUAAAAUGUAUUAAUGUACAAAAAAGAGUUUGCAGAGAUCUGUAUUUGUAGAUGUCUUAUUUAAUUUCAAUAAAAACUUGUUUCCGCUGUC